AUGAAUCCAAAUCGAUAUCAGGUCGUCUCGAAACAGUUCCAGCAAUUGUCUUCAUAUUUUGAGGAAUCACCAACUGGACAUGUACUGAAUCCAGCUGGCGAAGAUGCAGUACAAUUACAUGCCUUGUUCAAACAAGCAACUUGUGGAGACGCUACAAGUUUUCCGUCCGACAAAGCUCAAGAAAGAGAUUUAAGGGAUGAUGCAUGGGCAAAAUUGAAAGGAAUGACUAUUGACGAAGCUAAAGCUCAAUAUGUGGAUAAAAGUCUUAAAUGGCUUCAAUUACAUAAAGAUAAAAAUAAAGAAGCAAACGAAUUAAUUAUAAAACUUUCAAAACACGAUGAUAAUGUUGGUGAAUCUGAUGAAGAAUACUCUUCUACGACCGCGCCUCCUUCAAAUGAUUCUGCUGAAUCACUUUCAAUUGACAAACAACAACAAAAACAAUAUCCACCAAAGCCAGAAUUCAUAGAUAUUGAGUCAACGAGUAGACCAAUAACGACAACCUGGUCGUCACAAAAUAAUAAUCCGCCACCAUCAUCAAUUUACUCUGGCGACGCGAAACCAAGCUCACAACUUCCCGAUAACUUGGACGACUCUUCAGAUGACAACGAUCAAUUUGAAGAAGCUCGUAACGACUCUUCGUUGCUUCCGACUCCGUUAAAAUCCACAUUCCAAUCGUUCCCCCAUGAUGAGUCUGGUGGUGGUGAUAAUAAUAAUAGUAUUACCGCGCGAAUUGCUGAACUCGAGAAAAAUGUGGAACGGUUGAGUGCGAGCGCAAUAAGUAAUAGACGAAUCGUGGAAAUUGAAAAAGCGCUUGAACGGCUGCAAGCUGAGGUCUCGGCGUCACACGAGCAAACUGAGGCGUUGCGACGAGAUGAGAUAAAGAAACAGGUUGCAAAGAAGACGUGGACUUGGUUGAUAAAGUUAAUUGCAAAACAUGCAAUAAUAAAUGGAAUAUUGUUGAUAGGAUUCGUACUAUUCAUUAGCGCAUCUCCGUUCGCUGAUCGUAUAGAAGGCCGUUCUCGCGUACUAGAAAUCUGGAAAUAUACAAAGAGAUUAUUGAUCGAUUGGAAAUAUAAUUAUGAAUUAAAACGAUAA